AUGCUGACACCACGGUUCACAUGUCACCAGGACGAUGAGUUCGUCUACAUCGAUAUAAAAGUUUCUCAUAUCCGUUUCGACGCUGUUGGCGUGCAAAUAGUUGUCGAGAACGAACUGUUUGUGUUCUCGCUGAGCCCCUACUACCUUCGUCUCCGGUUUCCCCAUGCCCUGAACGAUGAUGAGGAGAGAUCCAAUGCCCAGUAUGAUAGUAAAGAGGAGUGUAUCCACGUCAAGAUCCCCAAGCUGAAUCACGGCGAGUUCUUCCCGGAUCUUGAGCUCAGUGCCAGGUUGCUUGCAAGAAGUGGUGAAGCUGUAGGCGAAGCGAUGGACUCGAAGACAUUGUUACAGGAGAUUGGGGUCCAACCAAGCGAGGAGCUCAUGAGAGAAGCCGGUAAGGUGAUUGAGGAGACGAGAAGCUCGAACAGGCCUCUUAUAGAGGAGGUUGGCGGCGGGAAGUCCGAUUUGGAGAGAGCCGCCGCGGAAGGUGAGGAGUUCAACUGGGAGAUCAACCAGGUUAUCGAGGAGGACACUGGAGUCAAAGUGAGGUAUGGAUUCGAUAACCAGUACGAUUCCAUAAUCGGGGUUUCUCUCUCCAACGGUAACGAUAUCAACGAGCUGGACGACCCUGAACAUACCGCCCCAAAUGACAGGGUCAAGGAGCGGCUGUUGAAGGAGAACUUCAAGUUUGAUCCAGAGUACUACGCUGCCGAUUAUAUGACAACGAAGUAUAGCGACGAGGAUGAGUACUCUCCAGUGAAAGAUCUGCUGAAGUGGAACAAUCCACUGUGCCAUGCUGAGUCCACUGGCUUUACGCCAGAGGAGAAUGAAAAGAUGCUCGAUCUACCUAAGAAGUCCUACGUCAUUACCAAUCCCAAACCUCUGUACUAUUCAAUCCUGUCGUUGUUGUUUGCCUUUGCAUACGAGCAACUUCAAACUGAAGGUGAAUUCACCACUGAGUCGGCCUGGUCAAUGGGUAAACUGACUCCACAGAUCUCAUUGUUAGAUCAGCAGAUUGUGCUACCGGAUGCAAAGUGUAACAUGAUCAAGGCGAUUAUCAUCACUGGUAUAAGAAGAGCGUUGUCAUACCCACUGCACAGAAGUUUUGAGCUUGCGAUGAAAGCAUGGAACGAUGUUGCACUAAUCUUAGCAAGGGGACAGGUAACGGUGAUAAAAGCUCUCUUGAAGCUUAGAGAGUCGUUUAGAUUCCACGACAUUUAUUAUGUAUACAACAAGAUUCUCUUGGAUGACCUGAUCAACUGGUUAAUCAAAGACUCACGGGAUAACGAUUUCGUGUUGAAGAGCCUGGGAAAGGAGCUGGGCAAGCAACUGACGUCUAUAAGCAAAGGGGAGAUCGUCUUUGAACAGUUGGACGAAGAAGGUGAUGUUGAUACUGAGUUGAACAUCCAAGAAAUAGAAGCCAUCGCUGAAGAGAUGUACAAGAAUGGCCAUAAUGAACAGAAUCAAUAA